AUGUGGAACCCGACCACUAGAGAAUCAAGAAGAAUUCCUCGUCCGAACUGGAGUACGAGCACUGAAAGGAUGCGUGGUUCUUAUAAUUUUUGCUACUUACCUUGUAUUGACAGCUACAAAAUACUUAGAAGAGGACCUAAAGCUGCUAACAGUAUCAUGGAAGACAUGACGGUUGAUAUAUCUUCAACGAAAAGUAACACAUGGAAAUCGAUUGACCCUUUUCCUCCAAAUUGUCGUUAUUUCUCUUAUAGGAACAUUGUUAUGGCAGAUGGAGUUGUCUAUAUGAUGCAGCUGAGGAAAAAUAUGAUUAAUCGUACUAUAUUAUGUUUUUGUAUGGAAAAGGAACAAAUACAGGAGGAAUUAUUGCAUCCGCAUAAGACAGAAGGGGCAGGAUCUGUUUUGUGUGGUGUAGGAGAAAAACUUGGUGUGACUAUAAUAAUAUUGGGAGAUAAUCAUAGAACUCUAGAAUAUUGGUUGUAUAGUAUGGAAACAAAUUUAUGGAAUAAGAUAUUGACAAUUUCAUGUCCUAACAAUAAUAAUUUGAGACAUCUGAGUUUUAUGAAGGAUAGAGAAGUGUUGUUUCGCAAGGACAAUAACAACUCUGGAUUCAUGGCUUACAAUUCAACAACACAAAAGUUGGAACAAGUUAAUGUUGCUGGGAUUGAAGGACUUUACUUCAGUAAUUUUGUAACUUAUGUGGAGUCUGUCCUCUCCUAA